AGCUUGCUGCUUAGCAUCCAAAGCAAUUUUCUGUCACAAGGCUCAUCAGGCUACACUGCAGUGUGCGUUCAAUAGUGUGCCCAAAACAGGUUUCAUUAUGCAAGGUCUAGGGAAGGUAGAGCGCGGCGACCAAGGCCGAGACAUCGACCUGACAUCAAUGAGAUCAACCAUGCCGGCCGGCGGUCCUCUACAGGGUGUUUCCAGCCCUGGCCUGAACAUGAACCUGUACGCCACCAAGAAAACGGCAGCUGAGGGCAUGCUGGACAUUGCCUUAUUCCUGGCGAACAUCACACACAUGAAGACUGUCAUCGAACAAGGGGCAGGAUACAGGUACUACGCUGCAGUCCUGACUCUCAUCUCCUUCUCGCUGGCUCUCCAAAUAGUUGCAGGGAUUCUUAUCAUCAUCAUAGCACGCAGGGACCUGAACGUGGUCUCCAAUCAGAGACGACUGGACUACCUGAACAACGUAGCGACAGGUGUCAUCUUCGUCACCACGGGGAUAAACUUCCUCAUCAGCUUCUUCGGUUCCAAGAGGACAGGCUUCUUCCGCUGGCUGCUGGCUCGGCUCCACUUCUGACACAAAAAUAAAUGACAAAAACUUGAGUCCACUCCAACAAAGUGUGUUGUUUACCUUAAGUAUGUGUUCCAUUCAUUUUUAAGACAAUAGUGAUCAUGCUAACAUGUCCUUGCUUUAACCAACUAAACAAGCUUAUCGUACCACUGAAAUGUGCAUAUGGUGUAUGUUGGACUUAAAAUGUGUAAAAUGGUGAAAAAAGUUUUUUUUAAGCAUUGUUUGUGGUUUAGCUGAGUA